GGCAAUUUCGAAUACAAAUUGAUCACAAUCAAAUUGAUAACACAAUCUUGACAUCAACAAUGCUUUAAGUGAUUAAAUACCUCAAUCUAGUACCCGUGAUGGACCCUUUAAGCGCCAGCAGUUACAACUUAAGUGCCCAACGGGACACCCGACUCGACUCAACCGCUAGCACAAAAUCCCUGAGUCAUUACGAGCAACGCAACUUAAAAAACCUCUCACCUCAAAUUAUUGCAGCAGUCAUUGCAACGUCAAACCACAUCGUUGUGGGCAUAGCUCUUGCAUAUUCGGCCGUUUUAAUCCCCCAAUUGGAAAACAGUGAUGAUAUUCCCGUCACCAAAACACAAACGUCUUGGAUUGCAAGUGUUCUGGCACUUGUGGCCCCCUUUGGCUCGAUUCUAAGCGGCUAUUUGAUGGACAAAUGGGGGCGCAUUACAGUCUUGAAACUAUCAGUGGUGCCAGGGCUCCUCGGCUGGGUGCUCAUUGCCACGUCACGGAGCGUCCCCAUGAUUAUAAUUGGGAGGGUUUUUUCCGGGCUUGCCUCCACCCUGUCAACAAGUCCAGCCGUGGUUUACAUCACCGAAAUCGCGCGUAAAGACAUGAGGGGCUCCUUGAUUGCCUUGGGCCCCUCUUAUGUGUCUCUAGGGAUGGUUAUUGCCUAUUUCAAGGGAUGGUUGAUCAGUUGGAGACUGAUAGCGUGGCUUUGUAACAUCUAUCUAGUCGUUCCCUUUUUCCUCCUGUUCUUAAUACCCGAGAGCCCCAUUUGGCUCGUGUCCAAAGGGCGGGUCCAAGAGGCCCAAAAAGCCCUAGAUUGGCUCCACAAGUACCAACCACGCCCCAAUAACCAGAAAAGUUUCGCCGAAAUGACGCUCAAUCUUUUGGUCAAAGAAGAUGAAACGAAGAAGAGUGAGGCUCAAGGGGGCGACAGCACCAUUAGGGAGUUCCUCAAACCAACGGGUUACAAACCCCUCCUCAUACUUUCGGGACUUUUCUUCUUCCAACAAUACUCGGGGAUUUACAUUUUCCUCUUCUACUCGGUCAGUUUUUUCGAAAACGUCGGCACCAACGUAAACCCCUACAUAGCGUCGAUUUUGAUCGGAGUGAUAAGGCUGAUAAUGUCGCUCUUGAACACUUGGAUGCUCAAGCGUUUCAGCCGGCGAGUCCUGAUAAUGAUAAGCGGGUCCGGGAUGGCCCUGGCCAUGCUAAUUUCCGGCCUGUUCACUUCCUGGAUCAAGGAAGGCACCACUGAUUUGACUUGGGUCCCAGUGGUGUUCCUGCUGUUUUACGUGGUGGCCUCCAUGGUGGGGCUGCUGACCAUACCAUGGACCAUGACGGCCGAACUGUUCCCUCUGAAAAUCCGGAGUAUGGCUCAUAGUAUCUCCACCAGUAUCGUGAACCUAAUCAUGUUUUUUGCCGUCCAAAACUACGUAAGUAUGGAAGUUGCGCUUGGUGGCUCUGCUGGGGUCCAGUGGUUCUUCGCUGGGCUCUCCCUGGGGGCUGUGCUCUUCACGUUCGUGUUCCUGCCCGAGACGCAUCGGAAGAAGUUGUCCGAAAUCGAAGACUACUUCAAACACAAUACCAUUUACCUCGGACAGAAGACAAAGGAGACGCCUGUUAGCGACAAGAAUGAGAUUGAUAAUUUAAUAAAGCAUGUUUGAUUUA